UUCUUUGCGCCAAAAUACAAACAGUGAUGAUUCAAACAACCAAAAUCUGAUGUUACUUGAAUGCUCAUAAUGGAAAAACUUAAUUCGGCCAAAGUAAAGAAAGCAACAGAAUUUCUUGAAAAAUGGAAGAAAUUUCAGGAACAAAAGAGACAUCCUCUGUCAACAAAGUUGACAGCCCAAGAUGAUAUUGAAAAGAAGAAAGCAGGAAAGAAGGUUGUGGCAUCGCGAUAUCUUAGCCACAGAUCUGAGUCCAAUGUACCAAAGGAGCCCACAGCUCCCGCACAACAGUCCAAGGUCCAGAAACGAAUAUCUAUCUUACCUCAGAAACAGACUAAUGGAACACCAAUGAGCAUUAAAUUAGAGCGAUGGAAAAAGAAGAAAGAAAAUGAGAAGGAGAACCGGGCUAUCCCGAGAAGUGUGAGAAAGAAGACACAGACCCCUUUCAAAUCUGCUCAGAAGUAUACUCAUGUGAAAUCAAAGUUCAUGACUGCAAGUUCUCAAAAGACUGUUCAGAGGGAGGUCAACCGAAAGACGGAGAAAGAAACUGUGAAGAAAGUUCUGACAUCAACCAUGAAAUCUGUGUCCAUAAAGACAGUUUCCUCCGAAAUGACAAGAGUCACGAAGUCCACAUCCCAAACUAAGCCAACAAACUUAACAAAAACUUCUGGUGCUAAGAAAAAUUUUGCCAUGUCCUCACCAAAGAAAUACAAAUCCAGCCAUUUUCAGUUCAAGGUCGGUGAUUCAGAAACAAAGGAAUUAAAAAGGAGACAUUCGGACCUGGAAUCAAGGAAUACAAAAGUCACACGGAGCAUUCUGAAGAGGAAAUCUUGCCUGCCUAGCUUGUCUGAUGAAGCGUUAGUACCAGAUUCACAGACGCCAAAAACACCGGGUCACAAUGUUAGGUUUGUCUCCCCUGUCAAACGAAAACCAGACACCCAGACACUCAAGAAAACACCAGUACGCCAUCAGCAUAGAUCUAUGAGAACAGAGCUGGAGGAAUGGCUGAAGAAAAAAGGGAAGACCCCCAGUGGGUUCCGACAUCUACGGUGUUUUGAUGCCUCACUCUCAGCCAAGAAGAAGUCUUCAGAACAGUGCUAUACUGAGGAAAAGACACACAAGGAGGAAAUUAAGCCCAGAUCAUCAGUGGUACUGAAUCUGGAGGACCACUUCAAUGCUGAGGACUCCAUUACCAGUGAGGACACUAGUAUUAUUUUAAUUAACAGUUGCAAAAAGUUAAAUCUCCAUGUUCUCAGUAAGUGUACCAUUUUUAUGAGGCUAUUCUUAACGGAAUUAAUUCACAAUUUCUUAACUUUGAGGACUAUUUUUCAGGGCUGUCCUCUUGAGGACACAAUGAAGUGGCUGGAUUCCAUCGAGGACAACAUCACCAUGGCCUCGUCAUCUGCCAGGUUCUACAUCUGUAAAGCCAAGAUCCUCAAGAGCACCAACAACCUGGAAGAGGUCCUCCAAGUGUUUGAAAAGGCAGUUAAAAACAGUGCCCAACCAGCAGAAGACUUGGCCAGGUCUUUGACUGAGAUUAUAACAGAAAUCAGUCUCGAGCGUGAAAGGAAGGCUCGUUUAAAGAGUGCACUCGACAAGGCAGUGGAAGAUGGAAAUGUGUUUGAAUCCAGCACGAUUAAAUAUUGUGUCAGACAACUUACUCCACAUAAGUACAGAAAAAGACCGUCAGGUGGUUUCGAUGACUUCUCACCUUUGCCCUGUAAAGUUGUCACUCCAGUCCGUAGGUCCACUCGCCGUAGCCUGAGUGGUUUACCAGAUCAACUCCAAGACAAAACCCCCGUGUACACCGCGCUAGAGGACAUUCCAUCUCCAGAGAGAAAAGGGACUCUGUUUCAGUCAAAUUCAGCCCUAGACACAGAUCUAGAUGAGGACCUGUAGUAUUAUAAUUGUCUUUUGUAUUGAACAUAGGGCAUCAGCAAUUUGUAACACAUUCACACAGCAAGCACCCCAACCCCCACCACCCCGAGUAUAAAAGAAUUUUAAAUGCUGGUUAUUCUGUUCAUUUAUUAGGAUUCUCAGUAAUAAAGUUGAUAAGAAAUAUCCGAGUCAUUUUUAUCACAGCUUUGUUUGAUGUGAAAUAUGCUAUGCUAAUUAAUUAUAUAUUCUGCUAUGGAAUUUGGUUGUUACACUAGAAUAACUUUUAUGCAUUGUACUCUAUUUCUGAAAAAUAUAAAACUGUUAUUUUAGCUUUCAUAAUUUUAUUAUUUAUUCAUGUCAAAGAGAUGUCACACAGGUUUAUUUGAUAUUUUUAUUUGUUUAGCAAUGUUUGUGAGAAAUUCAAAAUGUGUUGAUGAAAAGGAUUAUUAGGCACACUGUUAACAACUUUUUAAAAUGAUUUUAUUUGUAAAGUUUAUGACUGGGUAGAAUACCUACAAAAAAGAAAUGGCACUGAUUUUAUAUGUCAACUAUAUAUAAAUACCUGGUAUUUAUAUCAUUACUAGUGUAAAGGUGUUGGAAUAUUUUUCUAACCAUAUUUAAUUUCACAGUUGGUAAAAAUGAACACACAUAAUUUUCAUAUUUAUAG